UACAAGCUUCGUUUAGUUGCUUCAGAUAACCUGAAUGAGAAUCAUACAACAGUUGUUAUACACAUCAAAGAUGUGAAUGAUAAUCCUCCAAUAUUUGACAGACCAACUUAUGAAACACAAAUUACUGAAGAAGAUGAUCGUAAUCUACCCAAGCGUGUCUUGCAGUACAACCUUACCCUUGUGGCAUCGGACACUCUGCAUGAGAACACCACUGUGGUAUUGAUAAAGAUUAAGGACAUCAAUGAUCUCCCCCCAAAGUUUCAGCAACCAUCCUAUGAGACAACUAUAUUUGAAGAAGACUCUGAUGGUAUACCAAAGAAAAUUUUGAAGGUAACAGCUACAGAUGGGGACAGAGAUCGUCGUCCCGAUAUUGUAUAUUUUCUCACUGGACAAGGUGUUGAUGAUCAAGAUCCAGCCAAUAGUAAAUUUGCUAUUAAUACAACAACAGGGGAAAUUUAUGUAUUAAAACCCCUUGAUCGUGAUUUACCUCAUGGACGAUCACAGUGGAGGUUUACAGUUUUUGCUGAAGAUGAAGGUGGAAAUGGUCUUGUUGGAUAUGCAGAUGUCCUAGUUAAUCUUAAAGAUGUAAAUGAUAAUGCACCUUUCUUUCCUUAUGCCAUAUAUACUGGAAAUGUUACAGAAAAUGGAACAGCAGGAAUGACUGUAAUGACAAUGACUGCUACUGACUAUGAUGAUCCUAAUGAGGGUUCAAAUGCUAGAUUAAAGUAUUCUAUUGAACAAAAUCAAGUCAAUGAAAAUGGAGAAUUGAUUUUUACUAUUGAUGAAGAAACUGGAGUUAUCUCCACAGCUGUAUGUUGCCUUGAUAGAGAAACUAAUCCAGAAUAUACUAUUAAAGUUGUUGCUAUGGAUGGAGGUGGACUAAAAGGUACUGGUACUGCAACAAUAAAAAUUAAAGAUAUCAAUGAUAUGCCACCUGAGUUUACCAAAAAAGAAUGGCAGGUAGAAGUAGAUGAGACUGAAAGUGACAAUAUACCAGAAACUCCAAUUCUUGUUGUAUCUGUUAAUGAUGGAGAUCUUUUAGAAACAAAUCGUUUUAGUUAUAAAGUGAUUGAUAAUGCAUUUGGUGCUGAUAAAUUUACAAUGGUUACAAAUUCUGAUGGUACAGGAUCACUAAAAAUUGCAAAGCCUUUAGAUUUUGAAGAUUUACAACAACGUUUUGGUUUUAAUAUUACAAUUCAAGUAAGUGAUCAUGGUGGUGAAUCAACUGAACCUUAUCAUAUGGAUUAUGCAAAAGUACGUGUUAGGUUACGGGAUAUUAAUGAUAAUAAACCAGAAUUUGAGAAGCAUAACAUUGAAUUUACUGUUCAAGAAGAUGCAAAAGUGGGCACUAGUCUUGCUACAUUUAGGGCAACUGAUGCUGAUCAAGGAGGAAAAUCAAAAGUCAGUUACACAAUUGACCGUUCUUCUGAUAAGAAAAGACAAUUUAAAAUUGAUCAAAAUGGAGUUGUAAAAAUACAAAGAAAACUUGAUAGGGAAGAAACUCCUAGGCAUCAAGUAAAAAUUUUGGCAAUAGAUGAUGGUACACCACCAAGAACAGCCACAGCAACAUUAACAGUAGUUGUGAGUGAUAUAAAUGACAAUGCACCAAGAUUUCUGAGAGAUUAUCGUCCUGUUAUUAUGGAACAUUCUCCACCUCAGAAAGUUGAGGAAAUUUUAGCUACUGAUGAUGAUGAUCGAUCAAAGGGCAAUGGUCCACCAUUCACAUUUCGUUUAGAUUCUAAUGCUCCAGACAUUAUUCGACAGUUUUUUGAUGUCCAGCAUGAUCCAACUGGUGCUAAUGGAGAUGGAAUGGCAAUAGUGAGUUCAAAAGAGAGAUUUGAUCGAGAACAGCAGAAAGAAUAUCUUGUGCCAAUUGUCAUCAAAGACAGUGGAACGCCUUCCAUGACAGGCACUAGCACAUUAACUGUCAUUAUUGGUGACACAAAUGAUAAUAGAAUGCACCCUGGAAGUAAAACAAUCUUUGUUUAUAAUUUUAAAGGUGAAUCUCCUCCUACUCCAAUUGGAAGAGUUCAUGUUGAAGACUUAGAUGAUUGGGACUUGCCUGAUAAAAUAUUUUAUUGGGAGAACCAUGUUGUCCAUCCAAAUUUUGAUUUAGAUAAGGAUACUGGUAUGAUUACGAUGAAAAAUGUUACUAGUGGAGGAACAUAUUUUUUGAAGUUUACAGUUCAUGAUAGAGUUUAUACACAUGAUGUUCUGGCUAAUGUAUCAGUUAUUGUGAAAGAAAUACCUGAAGAAGCUAUUUAUAAUUCUGGUUCUAUUAGAAUUUCAGGUACACCACCAAGAACAGCCACAGCAACAUUAACAGUAGUUGUGAGUGAUAUAAAUGACAAUGCACCAAGAUUUCUGAGAGAUUAUCGUCCUGUUAUUAUGGAACAUUCUCCACCUCAGAAAGUUGAGGAAAUUUUAGCUACUGAUGAUGAUGAUCGAUCAAAGGGCAAUGGUCCACCAUUCACAUUUCGUUUAGAUUCUAAUGCUCCAGACAUUAUUCGACAGUUUUUUGAUGUCCAGCAUGAUCCAAGUAUGUGUUUUAAUAUAACUAUUGAACAAAGAGUGGAAAUCAAUAUCACCAUGGUUGGAAUUGAUGAAUGCCUUUUUGAGAACAUCAAUUGUGAAACCAGUUGUACCAAUGUUUUAAUGGUAGAUCGUCAACCAAUUGUAGUUAAUGCUAACCGAACUUCAUUUGUUGGUGUUAAUACUUGGGUUCAUCCAAAAUGUGCCUGUGGUGCUCGAGACUUUUCAGAAAUGGAAACUUGUCGUAAAAGGCCUUAUCCAUGCUAUAAUAAUGGACGGUGCUCAGAUACUUCUAGUGGUGUAAGUUGCUCAGAUACUUCUAGUGGUACUGUUCGUAUUGUUAUUGAUAAUUGUAAACAAGCAAAACUUGAAGAUUCUGAUCCUCCAAAAAUUGAUCGCUCUCUUUGUGAAAAGAUAGAAACAAUUCCACCAUUCAAUGAAUUUUUAAAUGUGAAUACACCACUUCAAAUUGGUGGUGUCCAUCAUAAACUUUUAACAGAUUACACCUGGGAACACCGACACACAAGAGUUGGAUUUGAUGGGUGCAUCAAAAAUUUUAUUCAUAACAGUGAGAUGUAUGAUUUAGGUUCACCAGGAAGUUAUUCAAACAGUGAACAAGGCUGUCCACCGGCUGAAAAACAAUGCCAAGAAAAUGGUGUAAAGAAAUUUUGUGAGCAUGGACAAUGUAUAGGUACAUAUAUGGAAGCAAGAUGCAUUUGUCAUCCUGGCUGGUAUGGAACUCAUUGUGAUAAAGCUUUCACUUGCAGAGCUAGAAAGAUGUAUGAUUUAGGUUCACCAGGAAGUUAUUCAAACAGUGAACAAGGCUGUCCACCGGCUGAAAAACAAUGCCAAGAAAAUGGUGUAAAGAAAUUUUGUGAGCAUGGACAAUGUAUAGGUACAUAUAUGGAAGCAAGAUGCAUUUGUCAUCCUGGCUGGUAUGGAACUCAUUGUGAUAAAGAAACUCAGUCCAAAAUGUUUCAACAAAAUAGUUAUAUUAAAUAUGCAUUGUCAUUUGAUUUGAAUCCUUAUGAAACUGAUAUACAAUUGCAAUUCCGCACAAGACAAAAACACGGAGAGCUCUUUCGUGCUACAAGUAAACAUGGACGAGAAUAUUGUAUACUAGAGAUAAGAGACAAAAAAAUGCGAUUAAGAUUUAAUUUAAAUCAUUUGCGAUCGUCAGACGAAAGAGAACUGUGGCUUCCAUAUGUACAAAUUAGUGAUGGACAGUGGCAUACAGUUAGAGUAUUACGAUUUGGUAGCACAGCAAGCAUAUCAUUAGAUGGAGGUGGUGGCAGAAGAUAUAAUGAACUUCUUGACUAUGUUGGACAGCAUCAGUUAAUGCAAAUAGAAAAGCAGAAUGUUAUUGCUGGAGGUGAUGUUCAGUAUGUUGGACCAGGAGUAACUGUUGUAGACAAUGACUUUCAAGAAGGGUGCAUGAAUGAUAUUCGAUUAAAUCAGAGAUACUUGCCUAUGGAAAAUGGUUCUGAAAAUGCAGCUGUAGUUGAAUGGAGGAACUUGAUUGAUGGUUGUCCAUCCAACAAUCCUUGUCAAGGAAUUAUCUGUCCAAGACCUUUCCACUGUGAAGAUUUAUGGAUGCAACACGAAUGCCGGUGUCAGGAUGGCUUUGUAGUUACUGAAGAUGGUAAAAACUGUACUGAUGAAAAUGAAUGUUUAAGCUUUCCAUGCAUGAAUGGUGGAAACUGUGUUAAUCUUCCCAAUGGUGAGGGAUUUUAUUGUGUAUGUUUGGAUGGAUUUGGUGGGGAUCUAUGUGAUGCUAGAAGAGAAGAAAAAGUAAUGCGUCUUAGUAUGGCAGCUUUGGCUGCCAUUUUAGUUUGUCUUCUUAACAUAUUAAGUAACUGUGCAAAAGGUCUUGAAAUGUCAGAGGAUAGAUUGAAAUGUGUUGAUGUGAAUGAAUGCCUCGACAAUCCUUGUGAAAUAGAAAAUAGUUGCCAUAAUCUUGAUAAUGGUGAAGGUUUCUACUGUUUGUGUCCUAGUGGAUACAGAUGUCAUAACUGCAGCUGCGAUGUUAUUUACCGCAGCAUUGAAGAAUCAGCUUUUGCAUUUGGCAUCAGUGCCUUAGGCAUUGCUCUUGCCUGUCUGGCAACUUAUCUCAUAUUGGUAUUGGUCAUCGUUGCAUAUACUCGUAGCAGAAGAGCAGAUCAAAAAUAUGGACACGGUGAUGUUGACGAUGAUGUGAGAGAAAACAUCAUCAGUUACGACGAUGAAGGCGGUGGAGAAGACGAUAUGAAUGCUUAUGAUAUUACACCAUUAAGAAUUCCUAUUAAUCCUGCUGGCACACCUUUAGGAACAAAACCGGGACCCGAAAAAGCUCCUAUAAAAGAACCACGCCAGCGACAAGUACCUCCAGGUGAUACCUAUCCAGAUGUUGGUGAUUUUAUCAGCGAUCAUUUAGAUAAAGCUGAUAAUGAUCCAAAUGCUCCACCGUUUGAUGAUCUUCGUAACUAUGCCUAUGAAGGAUGUGGAAGCACGGCUGGUUCUCUUAGUUCACUAGCUUCGGGCACGGAUGAUAAUGAGCAAGAUUUUGAUUAUUUAAAUACUUGGGGACCUCGUUUUGGUAAACUGGCUGAUAUGUAUGGUCAAGGUGAAAGUGAAGAAGACUAAUUAUUAUUGGACAGCAUUGUGCAUGCAUUACUGUUUCAAAGUAAUGCUUGCACCGAGAUUCCAUCUCUUUUCCCUAACCCCAUUAGGACCAAGGGAGAACUAUUUAACAAUGGUUCUGUGCAUCAUAUGAACUGAAGUUCAGUUUCCAUCAUCAUGGUAGAUAAUACACUGCCGGUACGGUGUUAGUGAUUGACUUUGUAAGAAGAUAUUGUGUGGUAGCCAAGCACGGCAAGGUGCAGCAGUAGCAUUGAAAUGAGAUUGCUUAUGUUGUAGAGCCUUAGGAUUGCUUCCAUUACUCAAAAGUAAAAUAUCAGGUAAUCUAAGAAAUUAGAUUGGAAAUUCACACAAAAUACCCAUGAUUGUGUUGUCAAUAUGACAGUAGCAAAAGACUCUAAAAUCAUUUUGUGAUUAUUUCAUGAUUGUAGAAAAACUUGGGUUUCGUUUACUGCUGCAGUGUUUGUAUGUAUAUUGAUUAGCCAUAAUAUAUGUGCAGGAUCAGUUCUAUUAUAUAUAAAUAUAUAUAUAUACAGUAUAACAUACACAUUUUUGUGAUGAAUAAUUUGAAGUGAUCAGUUUUUUCUUUUUCCUGGAUGAUGUGAUGUCUUUGUUGACUUAACCAUUGUAUACUUAAAGAAGAUUGUGUGCAGUGUUUUGUAACUGUGAUAUGUUUUUGCCACGUGGACUUAAAGGCAAGAAUGAUAACUAAGUCAGACCUUGAAUGAGGUCUCCAAAUAAACCAAAGUGUUCUGGUCAUUUUACACACUAAUGAUGUGUACACACCAUUUAAAUCAGUGGUGGUUAGUUCUUAUUUUGCUUUCUAUAGUAGAUUAAUUAGGUAUAAUAUUAGUUCUUCAGACUCCUUCUUUUGCAAAAAUUAUGCUGCUCUCCAAGUAUUGAAAUGAUUUUCAUCCCCUUCUACAUAUUUAAACCUCAAAUCGACUCAAUCACACAGAAAUCUGUUGUGAUGUGCCAAGAAGAAUUUCCCUAAGCUGUCAUCAAGUAUGUAUGGAAUAUGGCUAUCAUCACAGUUUUUAAACCAAAUGAAUUUAAGCUUAGUAGUCAUUUUCUUUAACAAAAUUUAUUUGAUAUUUCCAAUCAACUGCCAUAAUACUUUGCUACAUGAUGUUUGCAUUUUCCAAAACUACACACAUCAUGCAUGACUCCUACCAUCCUUUUUGAUAUGGCUUGUAGGUGGCAGUCUGUCAAAUAGUUCCUGUUUUAUAGCUACCGAAAUGCAUUCUGUUCUAAUACCACUGUUUUGACAACUGCCAUACAAAGAACAUCAAGCUAGGUGCUUAAGGAAACAACCUUUGUAUCUAUUGUACUUUAAAGUUUGGUAGAAAGUCAGCACUCCAUACAUGCUGUCAUAGAACCAAGAGAAAGAAACUAAUCAAUAAAAGCUGGAGGCAGCAAAUGCAGUACUCUAGCACAACUAACUCACACUAUAUAUACUGUAUAUAUAUAUAUAUAUAGUGUGAACAUCUCCCAAAGAAAAAAAAAAUAAAUAAAUAAAAUUGUAUCAGUCAAAAAUUGUAUAUGUGAUGAGUAGAGAAAAUGUUAAAUUUGUGUAUCUAGCCAUAUACCAAGCUAUUUCAGAUUGUGUGUAUGAAAAAAAUCACUUUAUCAUUUUAAUAA